GGGAACUACCACCCGGAUACAACAUAGGAUAACUGACUGUGCCGAUCGCUACGAGUGCAUGUUACGGUACAGGUGCCGGACCCCUUGCAUCCACAUUAUAAAUUAGGAGAGUUGCGCUGCUCAAUUCUCGCUUGACACCCGGUCAACCUCGAACUUCAAAAAUUCCACAAUGGCGGAUCCAAAGGUCGGCGAUAAGAUCGCAGAUAUCGACACUCCAUCCAUGAUCGUUGAUCUCGAUCUUAUGGAGGGGAACAUUAAGAAGCUUAUGGAUAAGCUAUUGCCGACUGGUCUCGACAUUCGUCCACACUUGAAGACGACCAAAAGCGCUAUCCUUGCCAAGAAACUCGCCAAAGCCGGUGCUAAGGGAGGAUGCGUUACGAAGGUCAGCGAGGCAGAGGUCAUUGCUGCUGCUGGCUUUGACGAUCUACACAUUACCUGUCCUAUUGUCGGACCCGCCAAGGUGAAGAGGCUGGUGGAAUUGUUUCGAAAGUACCGACAAGUCCGUAUCGUGGUUGAUUCCGAGGUCGGUGCUUCGGCUAUCAAUGAUGCCCUGGAAAAGUCGGGUAUCGAGGAGCCUAUUCUCACGCUGAUUGACCUGGACGUUGGUCUUCAUCGUACGGGUGUUAAACCUGGACAGCCGGCGAUGGAUUUGGUCAGGUUCGUUGGGGGAUUGAAACAUCUGAAGAUCAUCGGUGUGCAGGGCUAUGAGGGUCAUCUUCAACAUCUACACGACUUCAACGACCGAAAGACUCAAUGCCUCGAGUCUAUGCGUAUCCUCACUACUACCGCUGAAUCCUUCCGCCAGGCCGGCUUCAACAUUGAAGUCGUUACCACCGGUGGAACUGGUACGGCCGAGUUCUGUGCUUCCGUCACGGGAGUCACUGAACUCCAGCCCGGCUCGUUUAUCUUUAUGGAUACCGAUUACCGCAACGCCGUCGGCACAUUCUACUCCAACAGUUUGACGAUACUGUCGACCGUUGUCAGCAAGCAGGGUCCUCGGGCAGUAACCAUUGAUGCCGGGCUAAAGUCCUUGACAACGGAUAGCGGUAUGGCAGAGUGCAGUGAUUCGCGAUACAAGUAUAAUGAGUUUGGUGAUGAGCAGGGCUCGCUGAAGUGGGAGGAGGGUACACCGGAUCUGGCAGUGGGGGAUCGUGUUGAGAUUAUUCCAAGUCAUAUUGAUCCGACGAUCAAUCUGCAUGAUGUCUAUUAUGCUUAUCGUGGAGGAGUCAUCGAGGAGAUUUGGCCGGUUGAUUCGAGGGGUAAGGUGCAAUGAGUUUGUUGGCAGGGUGUAUGAAGUUCAUAUCUAGCGGAGAUCUGGCAAAGGCAGCAAGAAUGGCCCUGUGUCCAGCUAGCGGCAGGCGGCAGUUUCCCAAAACGGAAAAGUAGACAAACAAACCUCUGGUAACUACCAGCGAUUGUCGAGAGGAUUCCGGCGUCGUAAUAAAUUUCAGCUCCAUUAUCCCACUUCUCUCG